UUCCGGUGUGUCUGGUCGCUGCUGGAGGAGAGGUGUUGGGUCUGGAGCUGCACAGCAGAUGUCCUAAAUCCGGGAAUUCGCGUCCAAAUAGGGCAACUCAUUCCAUCAUCGAAUAGUAAUCAUGAAGAAAACCUUGUGCUGAAAAUGCCUGAAAUAAAAGUUACACCUUUGGGGGCUGGCCAGGAUGUUGGCCGUAGCUGCAUCCUAGUCACGAUAGGCGGAAAAAAUGUGAUGCUGGAUUGUGGGAUGCACAUGGGAUUUAAUGACGACCGACGUUUUCCUGACUUCUCUUACGUCACUCAGAAUGGAAGGCUGACCGAAUUUGUCGACUGUGUCAUUAUCAGUCAUUUCCAUCUGGACCACUGCGGUGCUCUCCCUUACAUGAGCGAGAUGAUUGGCUUUGAUGGUCCUAUAUACAUGACUCACCCAACAAAAGCCAUUUGCCCCAUUCUCCUAGAAGAUUACAGGAAGAUUACAGUCGAUAAGAAAGGGGAGACCAAUUUCUUUACUUCUCAGAUGAUAAAAGACUGCAUGAAGAAAGUUGUGGCCGUCAACCUACAUCAGACAGUACAGGUGGAUGAUGAACUGGAAAUUAAAGCUUAUUAUGCUGGCCACGUGCUGGGUGCGGGAAUGUUCCACAUCCGUGUGGGCUCCGAGUCGGUGGUGUACACUGGUGAUUACAACAUGACACCGGACAGACAUUUAGGAGCUGCUUGGAUCGACAAGUGUCGUCCCGAUUUGUUCAUCUCGGAGUCCACCUACGCCACCACAAUCCGAGACUCGAAACGAUGCAGAGAAAGAGACUUUCUCAAGAAGGUGCAUGACGCCAUUGAGAAAGGUGGAAAGGUGUUGAUUCCUGUCUUUGCCCUCGGACGGGCCCAGGAGCUUUGCAUUCUGCUGGAAACCUUCUGGGAGAGAAUGAAUCUGAAGGCCCCGAUUUAUUUCUCCACUGGACUAACAGAGAAAGCCAACCACUAUUACAAACUGUUCAUCACCUGGACCAAUCAAAAAAUCCGUAAAACAUUUGUGCAGAGAAACAUGUUUGAGUUCAAACACAUCAAGGCUUUUGAUAGGACCUACGCUGACAAUCCUGGCCCGAUGGUUGUCUUUGCCACUCCUGGUAUGCUUCACGCUGGUCAGUCCCUGCAGAUCUUCAGGAAAUGGGCCGGCAACGAGAAAAACAUGGUCAUCAUGCCGGGCUACUGCGUUCAAGGAACCGUUGGGCAUAAGAUCCUAAGCGGCCAACGGAAAUUGGAAAUGGAGGGGAGACAAACACUAGAAGUGAAGAUGCAGGUGGAAUAUAUGUCGUUCAGUGCCCAUGCGGACGCCAAGGGCAUCAUGCAGCUUAUCCGUCAAGCAGAGCCCCAGAACGUGCUACUUGUGCACGGAGAGGCCAAGAAAAUGGUGUUCCUGAAGCAGAAAAUCGAGCAGGAGUUCAAUAUUAAUUGCUACAUGCCAGCCAAUGGUGAGACAGCUACAAUCGUCACAAACCCUAAUAUUCCUGCGGAUAUUUCCCUGGGACUGCUCAAGAGAGAGACGACACUUGUAGGUCCGUUACCUGAUCCAAAGAAACCCAAAGUAAUGCAUGGUACAUUGAUCAUGAAGGACAAUAGCCUUCGGCUGGUUUCGCCCGAGCAGGCGGUCAAAGAGUUAGGGCUCAGUGAGCACCACCUGCGGUACACCUGCAAAGUUCAGAUACAAGACCACCACAGUGAACAGGACACCCUGAACAGGAUAUACACCCACCUCAAAAACAUCUUGAAGGACUACCCUAUCCAGCACCUCCCCGAUGGCUCUGUGAUGGUAGAGUCGAUUCUUAUUAAAAUCAGCGCCACGUCAGACGAUCAGAGCACUAAAGACGUGUUGGUUUCCUGGACCUAUCAGGAUGAAGAACUGGGCAGCUAUCUGAUAACUUUACUCAAGAAAGGCCUGCCUCCGACUAUUCCUGUUUGAGGUGCGCAAUUGCAGAAACAAGUGAAAUAAAACAAUUUAAAUUUAUUUUUUAAAAAUUGCCCCUCCUGAUAUUUUUGUACAUUAAUUUCCCAAGUUUUUGCCGUGUAAUUGUUCAGAUUUUAUAAGAAAAUAAAGCGUUGACGCACAAAAAUGCACUUCCUGUACUUAUGUGCUGGGGCUCUAAGUACGUGUGGUCGAAAGAGGUUUUAGCAGUUGUUCUAUUUUGGCAUUGGAAGACUUCAGUUGGUUGGAAAUGUUUUGUAUUGUUGGAAAAGUUAAUAACUUAAAAGUAAACUGGAACCUUUUCAUAA